UUUAUGUUGAAAGCUCCGUCGUGUUUGUGGUUGGUGGUCAGUCUUCACAGUGCUGAAGUGAAUAGACUUCUCUGGUGGAAGUGUCGUUUGGGCGAAAGCUGAAAGGCACUUGUCCAUGUCUGGUAUUUCUAAGGCAAUGUCAAAGUUCAGGCUUGCUGUGGUGCAGCUUCUUGUCACUAACGUAAAGGCUGACAACCUACAGCGCGCCUGUAGUUUGGUGAAGCAGGCAGCAGGCCAGGGGGCAAAGGUUGUGGUCCUACCUGAGUGCUUCAACUCUCCAUAUGGAACAGGUUUCUUUGCAGAAUAUGCUGAGAAGAUCCCAGGAGAAUCAACCCAGGUGUUGUCAGAUGCAGCUAAGGAAUGUGGGAUAUACCUUGUAGGCGGCUCCAUUCCAGAGGAGGAUGGGGGAAAGCUUUUUAACACCUGCUCAGUUUUUGGUCCUGAUGGUAAGCUACUGGUCAAACACAGGAAGAUCCAUCUCUUUGACAUUGAUGUUCCGGGAAAAAUACGCUUCCAGGAGUCUGAGACAUUAAGUCCAGGGAGCAGCUUAUCCAUGUUUGAAACCCCAUACUGUAAAGUUGGAGUUGGGAUUUGCUACGACAUACGCUUUUCAGAGCUUGCACAGAUUUAUGCCAAGAAAGGUUGUCAGUUGUUGGUAUAUCCAGGCGCCUUCAAUAUGACUACAGGUCCGGCCCACUGGGAGCUGCUCCAAAGAGCACGGGCUGUGGAUAACCAGGUCUAUGUAGCCACCGCUUCACCAGCAAGAGAUGAGAGCGCCAGCUAUGUGGCCUGGGGUCACAGCUCUGUGGUUAACCCCUGGGGUGAAGUGAUCACAAAAGCAGGGUCAGAAGAGGCCGUUGUGUAUGCAGACAUUGACCUGCAGUACCUGGCGGAUGUGCGUCAACAGAUCCCAAUAACAACGCAGAGACGUAACGACAUCUACAAUCUCAGUGUUGUUCAGGAGGGCUGAGUUGUGUCGAGAAGAGAUUUUGGAGCUGACAGGAUGAGGUCACUGCUAAAGCCAGAUGCUCUGUCUGCUUGACUUUGCUACACAUUUGAUAAGUAAAGUUGACCGACUAAGUCUACUGAUGGCACAGGUUUAGCUCUAUCAUGGGGCAUGCCUGGAAUUAGAUAUUUCACAAUUACAUUACAUGAUUUCUCAAUAGUAAUUUGUUAUUUACAGCACAUAAAAGUCUAAGACAUAUUUGAUAAAAUGGUAAUUAUCUUUCAUGUUAUUUCAGCCUUGAAUCAGUUAUGUUUCCAUUUUGAAUCUGGAUCAGUCAUAAAUCUGGAUCACUGGUGAGACGUUA